AUGUCUCCUACAGCGUUAAGAAAUACCGACACGGUCGAGAUCGUCGACAUUCACCAGAAUGACAUGGAAUUCUCCCUCGUUGAUGAUAUCUACAAGAACUUGGACCCACCGGCGGAUACACCGCGCACAUUCCCUACCCUCUUACUAUACGACGCUAAGGGGCUGAAGCUCUUUGAGAAGAUCACAUACCUGGAGGAAUAUUAUCUUACCAAUACAGAAAUUGAGAUCUUGACAAACCACGCCAAGCGGAUAGUCGAGCGCAUUCCGGAAAAUGCGCAAUUGGUGGAACUAGGCAGUGGAAAUCUGCGCAAGAUCGAGAUCCUCCUCCGCGAAUGUGAGCGAACAGAAAAGAAAGUGGACUAUUACGCGUUGGAUCUUUCGCUGGUGGAAUUGCAGCGGACAUUCUCCGAAAUCUCCCCCGAGAAAUUCGUGCAUGUGGGAUUCCAUGGUCUUCAUGGAACCUACGAUGAUGCUGUUGGUUGGCUGCAAAGCCCGGAAAACCGACAGCGACCAACAGUUGUCAUGUCAAUGGGAUCUUCUAUGGGCAACUUUGGUCGCUCUAGUGCCGCCGACUUCUUGGGUGGUUUUUCCAAAUUGCUGGGUCCCUCGGAUUUCAUGUUGAUCGGAUUGGAUGCCUGCAAGAAUCCCGAGAAGGUGUUUCAGGCUUACAACGAUAGUGAAGGAAUUACCCGCCAGUUCUAUGAAAAUGGCCUACUGCAUGCCAACGCUGUGCUUGGCUUCGAGGCCUUCAAAUCCGGUGAAUGGGAGAUUCUAACUGGGUAUGAUAGCCACGAGGGACGGCAUCAAGCUUGCUAUGCUCCCAAGGUCGAUGUGGUUAUCAAUGGCAUCAAAAUCCCUAGGGGUGAAAAGCUUGUCUUUGAAGAAGCGUGGAAAUACGGCCGGCGUGAACGUGAUGCAUUGUGGCGAAAGGCAGACCUCAUCUCUCAAGUGGAGUUUGGGAAUUCCACUGAUGAUUAUCGUGAGAUUUGA